AUGGCCACUGACAUCAUCGGCGAGCUUAGCUUCGGUGACUCCUUCCGGAUGUUGGAGACUGGAGAGGAAAACCAAUACAUCAAAGACAUGCAGAGCGUGGCCCAGGCCGGAGGAGUCCGGGUCACUUUUCCCUUUCUGCUCCAAUUAUCGAAACUGGUGAAUAUACCGGUGAUAAGCGAUGCUGUCGCCAACCAGGAGAGACUCAUUGGUUAUGCUGACCAGUCCAUCAAGCGUCACCAAAAGUUGGCGCAAGAUAACGGCGAUGAGAUGAAAAGCACGCUGUUUUCGAAGCUAUACAACCAAGUGAGCGAUGGGAAUCUCAGCUUUAUUGAAGUGCGCGACAACGCCGUAGGCUACAUCGUUGCAGGCUCAGACACCACCGCAAGUGCCACAUUCCAGAAAUUCGAUGAAUGCCAACAGCUAACGAUUAUGAAGGCAAAUUCCUUGACCUACCUCGUGUGGUUGCUUUGUCGCCACCCAGAGGUUAGGGACAUCCUCGUCGCAGAAUUGCGAAGCCUACCCUCAAACUUCAAUUACGAACAAGUCAAAAGCCUCAAAUACCUCGGAUACGUUAUCGAGGAGACACUGCGCCUCUACCCCGCCGCACCGGCCGGUUUGCCCCGGCUCGUCCCGUCUGGCGGUGCGGAACUCGGUGGCUAUUACCUUCCAGCUGAUACCGUUGUCAGUACGCAGGCUUGGAGCUUGCAUCGUGACCCCAGAGUUUUCUCAAAUCCGCUCAAAUUUGACCCUGGACGAUGGGAACAUGCAACGAAGGCAAUGAAAGAGUCACUGCUCACUUUCGGCGGGGGUAGUCGUGUUUGCUUGGGGGUUCACCUCGCGCGAAUGGAGUUGCGGCUCGCUGCGGUCCAUUUCUUUCUUGCGUUUCCUGAAGCAACAAUGUCGUCCGAGGAAGGGUUCACGGAUGAUGAUAUGGAACCAGAAAUGUAUUUCCUCUUGAAACCGGCUUCUCACAGCAAGCUCAUAGCCCUUCUGGGGGCAAUUGUCUCGUACAUAGUCGCCGUCUCGAUACUCCGCGCCUUACGUCCAGGUCUUCGUCAGAUACCAGGCCCGUGGAUUGCUAGAUUUAGCCCUAUUUGGAGAGUGAUGUUCGUGUGGAAUGGAAACGCUCAUGAACGAUACCGAGAUCUUCAUGCAAAGUAUGGACCAAUCGUGCGAACUGCCCCGAACGUCGUUGAUAUCUCCGAUCCUUCCGCCAUGUUCACUAUAUAUGGCAUCGGCAGCAAAUUUCUCAAGUCUGCGUUUUAUCAUACCCUAUCAAUGGCAUACGAGGGCAAAAACAUGCCUAGUAUGUUCUCCACCACCGAUCCCGAAGAGCACAAGGCCCUCAAGCGGCCGGUUGCCCAGAAAUUCUCCAUGAGCUCGAUACGAACACUUGAGUAUCUGGUAGACCCCUGUAGCCAGAUUUUCACCGACGCUAUGUUAGAAAUGCAGGGGCAGGUUGUCGACCUCGGAACCUGGGUUCAGUGGUACGCCUUUGACGUGAUCGGCGCAAUCUCGUUUGCUCGAAGGUUCGGAUUCAUGGAAGAACGCAAAGACAUCAAGGGAAUGAUUGCGGGUAUCGAUUUCGGACUUGUCUAUGUCGGCCGGGUCGGGCAGGUGCCAUCUCUUCAUCCGUUUCUCCUCGGGAACCUCGCCCUUAGGAGGGCUUUUUCUAAGCUAGUCCCCGUCUCCAGAGAUCCCAUCGCAACUUCCACAAAGAUGGUGUUGGAAGGCAUCAAGGAGUACGAUGCUGAAGAAGCAGACACUGCUCAUAGACGGGACUUCCUCGCAUACUUACGACAGCAGCAGAAGUCCACCGGCACCAUCAUGAGUACUUGGAAGCUUAUGAACCACUUGAUGAACAAUCUUCUCGCUGGAAGUGAUACUACGGCUAUUUCUCUCCGCGCUGUAUUCUACUAUCUCCUGAAGAACAAACACGCGUACCAAACGCUGCAACACGAAAUCGACAAGGCCGACAGGGACGGCAAGCUAUCCCCCGUUGUGCAGUACAGCGAGAGCCUGGAACUUGAAUACUUACAACUAUGUAUCAAAGAAGCCAUGCGAAUGCAUCCCGGUGUAUCAUAUCCCCUCGAGCGUAUAGUGCCCGAAGGUGGAGUCGAGCUAUGCGGAGUUCAGCUCCCAGCGGGAACCAUUGUAGGUAUGAACGCAGCAGUCAUUCAUCGUAACUACGAAAUAUUUGGUGAGGAUGCCGACGAGUUUCGACCGGAGCGUUGGCUCUGCCCUGAGGAGCAGGCCAAGAGCAUGGAUCGGCACUUAUUGACCUUUGGAGCUGGCGCAAGAACGUGCAUUGGGAAAAACAUAUCUAUCAUGGAAGUCGGCAAGUUUGUGCCCCAGAUCCUUCGCCAGUUCGACUUAGAAUGGGCGUCGAGCGAGCCGGAAUGGACAGUCAAGACGUUUUGGUUUGCAAAGCAGUCAGGACUCCUGGUCAGAUUCAGUCCUCGUGCGGCGGCUAGCGGUCAGGGUACUUGA